AUGUCAGUGGUCUUUUUGAUUGUUGUUUAUCUGCUGACACCUUGCUUAGUUUUUUUUGUUUUUUUGAGAUAUUAUUGGUUAGUUGAAGUUAGUUAAAAGAGUUUUUUUUCUUGGUUUUAAGGUCUUUUCAACUUCUAUGUAUUUUUACUAAGAAUGUGA